UCUACCGGAAGUCGCCUUCAUUUGCCCGGCUUCACUGAGGCUGCGCAGAGCGGCGAGCUGCAUCCACCGCCUGCUCUGUUUCCACUGUUGUUGAAAGCCAAGGGACAACGAGCUGAGCUGCUCCUCAGAGUUUUCCAUGGAAAACUGAUCAGACAUCUGCUGACUGAUCAGUCCGAGAGGAGGAAGAGAAGGAGCAGGAGAGGAGAGGAAGAUCUGCAGAGGAGAAGGAGAGACCGAGGAGUGGAGGAGAAGAGGAGGAGGACGUGGAGAGGACAGGAGAAAGAAGAGAAAAAAAAUCGGGGCAGUGAAAUGGUGCAGAUUUAACAGAAAGAUGUCCACCGUUAACAUGGAAGCGACCACCAUCCUCCCCAUCCUCAAGAAGAAACUGGCCUUUCUGUCAGGGGGGAAGGACCGGCGCAGUGGUCUGAUUCUGACCAUCCCUCUCAGUUCAGAUCAGACCAGCAUGGAGGAGCUCAGCGCCACACUGGACUACCUGCUCAGUAUCCCCAGUGAGAAGUGUAAGGCUCGGGGCUUCACCGUCAUCGUGGACGGACGUAAGUCUCAGUGGAACAUCGUGAAGACUGUGGUGCUCAUGCUGCAGAAUGUGAUUCCAGCCGAGGUGUCGCUGGUCUGCGUGGUGAAGCCAGAUGAGUUCUGGGAUAAGAAGGUCACACACUUCUGCUUCUGGAAGGAGAAAGACCGCCUUGGCUUCGAGGUAAUCCUGGUUUCAGCCAAUAAGUUGACCCGUUACAUUGAACCCUGUCAGCUGACGGACGAUUUUGGAGGAAGUCUGGACUACGACCACAGCGACUGGCUCAACAAGAGAUUGGUUUUUGAGAAGUUCACCAAAGAGUCGACAUCACUGCUGGACGAGCUGUCCGUUAUCAAUGAAAGUGACAAGAGCAACGCGGUGGACAAGGAUAACAGAUCAGCUGACUGUGCCCUCUUGCCGUCCUUUGACCCAGAGACUGUCCUUCAGACUGGUCAUGAGCUGCUGUCGGAGCUGCAGCAGCGUCGUUUCAACGGCUCAGAGGGAGGAGGAGGAGGACAGGGAGGUCCAGCCUGGUGCCCCAUGGAGGAGGAGCUGCUGGCUCAGCCUCAGGUGAUGAAGCUGCUGGACUCGCUCAGAGAACAGUACACCAGAUACCAGGAGCUCUGCAGGCAGCGAAACAAACGCACCCAGCUAGAUGAGAUCCAUGCCAAGGUCAUGCAGGUGGUCACAUGGCUGCAGGGUCCAGGUUCAGAGCUGUUGAAGACCCAGCAGGAGAUCGGAGACUCGAUGCGAGCGGCUCAGGCCCUACAGCAGAAACACGAGGAGAUCGAGAGCCAGCACAGUGAGUGGUUUGCAGUGUACGUGGAGUUGAACCAGCAGAUCGCUGCCUUGCUCAGUGCCGGGGAGGAGGAGGAAGUGGUGGAGCUGAAGGCCCUGCAGCAGCAGCUGAGUGACGUCUGCUACAGACAGGCGGCUCAGCUGGAGGGCCGACAGAACGUCCUGCAGGCGGCGCAGGUCUUCCACAGCACCACACAGGAGUUGUCCCAGCAGUUAGACGGUCUACUGGGCAUGCUCUGUGCUGAUGUGGCUCCAGCUGACGGAGCCUCCAUUCAGCAAAACCUCAAACUGUUGGAGGAGAAGCUGCAGACUGUCGAGGCAGGUCUCACUUCUCUGCGCCAGAAGGGAGCACUGCUGCUGGAGCAGAUGUGCAGCCAGCCGUCGUGGUCUCUGGAGGAAACAGAGAGUCCAGCUGGAGAACAGCACGACAACGUUCAGCACAUCCAGGCUGUGAUGGAGGAGAUGCAGCUCCGCAAGCAGAGGUGUGAGGACAUGGUGGAUGUGAGGAGGCUGAAGAUGCUACAGAUGGUUCAACUGUUCAAAUGUGAAGAAGACGCUUUACAGGCUGUUGAGUGGCUUGGCGAGCUGUUGGACGCCCUAUUGAAGACUCACAUCAGACUGGGCGAUGACACUCAGGAGACCAGGACCAUGCUGGACAAACACCGGAAGUUUGUGGACGUCGCUCAGAGCACGUAUGAUUAUGGCCGUCAGCUGCUGCAGGCGACUGUCGUCCUCUGUCAGUCUCUGCGCUGUACGACGCGCUCGUCUGGAGACACUCUGCCAAGACUCAACCGGGUCUGGAAACAGUUUACUGUCAGCACAGAGGAGCGACAGCAGAGACUGGAGCUGGCUCUGAACUUCCACACUGCCGCCGAAAAGGUGUUACAACAGGAAUGUGUGGACCCGGAGUCUCUGGAUGAAGUCGACUCUUCGGGGAAAACUCUCCUGGACAGACUGACCAUGCCUGUUAUCUUCCCUGAUGGGAGCGAGCAGUACUUUGGGAGUCCCAGCGAAACGGCAUCGGCAGCCGAGGGCGUCAGAGAUCGCCUCCUGUUGGUGGAGGAACGACGGCUGCAGCUGCAAGAGGCAAGGCUUCAUAAUGACGAUGAGGGGGAGGAGGAGGAAGAGGAGGAGGAGGAGGUGUUAAAUGGGCAGGAGGCACGGCUAGACGUGAUAGGAGAGGAACUGAGCGAGAAAGAGGACCAAGACGAGGAGGAAGAGGAAGAGGUGGGGCAAAAAGACGAAGACUUAGAGAGGGCCACGCAGGACUGCUAAUGGAUCGCUGAUGACGUUAAACCGAGCAGCCUUAAUGAAGCUCGUUAACGAAGGGCUGCUGAUAAAUUUCCAUCAAAACCUCCAAUGUUUUCAGCCUGGAAAGCCCUCGAUUGGUUGCUCCUGUGUUGCUGCAGCAGUAGGUUACUCUCACUGAUGGUAUUCCUUUAUAGUAAGACUACCUUUCCCAUGAGCCUCACUGCUUACCUUUCCUGAAAGAGGAUAAACAUGUUGGACGUGCUUUCUCUGUUGAUCUUUCGCUCCAUUCAGCAGAAACUGUGACAGCUUUCCCACCGUUUGCUCUGGAAGAACAGCGCCCUCUAACUGUUUUUUUAGCAGAUUUCCUUCAAAACAUGAAUCACAAAUGUGAAAUACUGGAAUUAUUAACAUUCAUGUCUGUAUGCUCUUUGGAUGACGAUCGACUGUAAAAUAAUCAGUUUGGAUAAGAAUACUCCUAAUGUACGUCUAACCCCUCCUCCUUCCCAGCAUGCCACUUGUUCUCCUAGGAGGCGGAGCUUCCACGGUAUCUGUCUGUGCCUCCUGCGACUUCCCACAAGAUAUAACUGUUCAUGUUAUUUCAACACGUGCUGCUUUAUACAGACGUGGGGGUCUAGUCUCUUUUUCAUGUGUCCAGAUGUGCAGAGAGUUAACGCUGUGACCUCAGCACCCUGGACAUAACUCUGUGGUUUGAAUUGAAUCAUUUGUGCUCUCAAAUGAGUAAUUCAUGCUCAUGAUUUAUUCUAAUCUAUCGACCUCAUGCCAUUAGUCUUGUCUGGUGUGUACCCUCACACGUUCACUAUGGUUUGCUAAUAUUUUCAUUUUGGUCUUGGACUAAGAUAUGUGGAUGUAUGGCUGUUCAAAACAGCACCGUUUUUUCAAUCCAUGAAAUCCCUUAAAUGUAUCUUAAAGGAUCGUUUGAUACAUGCCUCUGUCAUCUUUUUUCAAACCUCCGGCUGACUGAAUGAUAUGUAAUGUAUGAAGCAUACACACCAAGAAGAGAUAAAUUCCUUAGUUUAAGCUUACAUAUUUUAAAGACCACUUCACUGCUCUAAAAAAAAAAAAAAGAAAAAUCUGUGCAACUCGCUCUGGUCCACACUGACCACAGGGACCGAGGUGACCUCUGAUCUCAGAUUCCUUUUUCUAUUUAUUUGACUUCUGUUCAUGCAAACCUUAAUGUAACCGGUUGGCGUUUUUGACCAAUAACUGCUGCUGUAAGUGUAAAUGCUAAAUGCCGCGUCUUGCUUCCUGUCCUCUCUAUCCAAUGACAUACAAUGUACAAUGACAUCAUCCUCUAAAUAAAGAAGCUUUUUGAAA